AUGUUCACAUCAAACGUUGCUUUUGUUGCGGCCGGCCUUGUCGCCGCCGUCAAUGGCCACAUGCAGCUCAGCAGCCCUCAACCGCACACUUUCCUCGCAAACGACGGUCAGAAGAACCCUGGACGUCCUCUGGACUCGGCAGGCUCUGACUUCCCUUGCCGUAACCCCAACCUGUCGUUCGCCUGGGAUGGUCCACUCAACACGUUUGCCCUUGGCUCUCAACAACAGCUCGCCCUCAUUGGCUCCGCAGUCCACGGAGGUGGCUCUUGCCAGCUGAGCAUCACAUACGACAGAGAACCUACCGCCGACAGUGUCUUCAAGGUCAUCCACACCGUUCAGGGAGGAUGCCCUGCCCGCAACACGGAGGGCAACCUGGGUGACGAUGCCAGUAUGACCGACCCUUUUACCUAUGACUACACGAUCCCAGACAACAUUCCCGCUGGAAACGCUACCAUUGCCUGGAGCUGGCUGAACCGUGUUGGCAAUCGCGAGUUCUAUAUGGAGUGUGGUGUUCUUGAAUUGACUGGCGAGGGCGGCGACCAAGCCAACUUUGACGCUCUUCCUGACCUCUUUGUCGCCAACAUUGAUCCGUACUCCGAUGGAUGCAGCACAUUGGGCAUGGAGAGCGAGGACCCCAUCAUUCCCAACCCCGGUGACUCUGUUGAGACCAACAGUGCCUACUCAGCUGCCUCGUUCACCGCGACUUGCGGCUCCUUGACAGCGACCGGCGGAUCUGGCUCCUCUCCUACAUCCUACGCUGCCUCCAGUGCCCAGGCUACUUCUGCCGUUGCUACUUCCGUUGCCACCAGCGAGGCUGCUGCCACUUCCUCGGCCCAGGGAGGUGUUUUCAUCACCAAGACUGCUGCUUCCAGCGCUAGCCAGGCCACUACCACUGCCCAGGCGACCACGAAGGCCACAUCGGUUGCCGUGACCACCUCAGCUGCAGCGGCUACUACCACAGCGUCGUCGAGCGGAUCGACGAGCGGUCAGCAAAAGUCGGGUGCUUGCGACACUGACGGCGUCUUUAACUGCUUGGGUUCCAGCUACCAGCAAUGCGCCAGCGGCCAGUGGUCCGCUGUGAUGCAAAUGGCUGCCGGCACUGAAUGCACCGUUGGUGAGUCCACCGACAUGGCCAUCAACGCUGUUGGCCGCAAGAUGAUCAUGCGUGCUUUGAAGAACUAA